UCAAUCAGAAAGCCCUUUUCAUUGCAGGAGAAGAGGACAAAGAUACUCAGAGAGAAAAAGUAAAGGACCGAAGAAGGAGUCUGGAGAGACCAGGAUCCUUCCAGCUGAACAAAGUCAGCCGCAGAGCAGACUAGUCAGCCGGCUACAAUUGGAGUCAGAGUCCCAAAGACAUGGGCUUGUUAGAGUGCUGUGCAAGAUGUCUGGUAGGGGCCCCCUUUGCUUCCCUGGUGGCCACUGGAUUGUGUUUCUUUGGGGUGGCACUGUUCUGUGGCUGUGGACAUGAAGCACUCACUGGCACAGAAAAGCUAAUUGAGACCUAUUUCUCCAAAAACUACCAGGACUAUGAGUAUCUCAUCAAUGUGAUCCAUGCCUUUCAGUAUGUCAUCUAUGGAACUGCCUCUUUCUUCUUCCUUUAUGGGGCCCUCCUGCUGGCUGAGGGCUUCUACACCACCGGUGCAGUCAGGCAGAUCUUUGGCGACUACAAGACCACCAUCUGCGGCAAGGGCCUGAGCGCAACGGUAACAGGGGGCCAGAAGGGGAGGGGUUCCAGAGGCCAACAUCAAGCUCAUUCUUUGGAGCGGGUGUGUCAUUGUUUGGGAAAAUGGCUAGGACAUCCCGACAAGUUUGUGGGCAUCACCUAUGCCCUGACCGUUGUGUGGCUCCUGGUGUUUGCCUGCUCUGCUGUGCCUGUGUACAUUUACUUCAACACCUGGACCACCUGCCAGUCUAUUGCCUUCCCCAGCAAGACCUCUGCCAGUAUAGGCAGUCUCUGUGCUGAUGCCAGAAUGUACGGUGUUCUCCCAUGGAAUGCUUUCCCUGGCAAAGUUUGUGGCUCCAACCUUCUGUCCAUCUGCAAAACAGCUGAGUUCCAAAUGACCUUCCACCUGUUUAUUGCUGCGUUUGUGGGGGCUGCAGCCACACUGGUUUCCCUGCUCACCUUCAUGAUUGCUGCCACUUACAACUUUGCUGUCCUUAAACUCAUGGGCCGAGGCACCAAGUUCUGAUGUCUCAUAGAAAUCCCCCUUUCUCUAAUAGUGAGGCUCUAACCACACAGCCUGCAAUGCUGCGUCUCCCAUCUUAACUCUUUGCCUUUGCCACUGACUGGCCCUCUUCAUUCUUGACAAGUGUAACAAGAAAGGAGAGUCUUACAGUGAUUAAUGUCUCCCUGUGGAUCGUCCCCUCUUAUGUACCUCUUUUAGUCAUUUUGCUUCACAGCUGGUUCCUGCUAGAAAUGGGAAAUGCCUAAGAAGGUGACUCCCCAACUGCAAGUCACAAAGGAACAGAGGCUCUACUUCAAUUUUCAAGCUCUUCUGAGGAACAGGAAAGGCCUUCUUCUCAAAGGGCACUUCCACUGAUGGAAACAAAGUGGAAAGAAAGAUGCUCAGGUAGAGAGAAGGAAUGUCCUCGGUCCCUUUGCCAUCUAUAGGGGCCAAAAUUCUCCUUGGUGUACAAAACAGAGAAGUCACUCUUGUCUCCUUAUUACCACUGAAGACAGAAGAAACAAAGAAUACCAGCAAAGCAUUAAGAGCAUUUGCCCAAAUCUGCCUAUUGCAGCUGGGAGAAGGGGGUCAAAGCAAGGAUCUUUCACCUAUGGAAAGAGAGCGCUGACCCCGAUGGCAAUGGACUAAGCUCUAACUCAGCCAACCUUACUUAUAGCAUAAGGGAGCAUAGUGUCUGUGUAGACAGAGGGGGCAUCUGGCUUUACACCUCAUUAGGGAAAAGAAACAGGGUGUUGUCAACAUCUCACUCCCUUCUCCUUGAUAACAGCUACCAUGACAAACCUGUGGUUUUCAAGGAGCUGAGAAUAAAAGGAAACUAGCUUACAUGAAAAAAGACUGGCCUAAGGAGCAGCAGUUGCUGGUGGCUAAUAGUGUAACCUGAAAUGGCCCUCUGCUAGACACAGAAUAGAUAACUCUUUGGAUAGCAUGUCUUUUUUCUGUUAAUUAGUUGUGUGCUCUAGCCUCUGUCAUAUCUUCACAAUGGUGCUCUUUUCAUGGAGUAUUAUCCAUUCAGUCAUAGUCAGUGAUUUUAAAAUCUUGAUUUGUUUCAGAAUGAUACACAUUUUGCAUUUUCCAAUUUGUUUCUUACUUAUUUGGGGUUGUAUCGGAAAGGUCUGGAGAAUGAUUCUUUGAUUAUGAUUCUUUAAAAAAGGAAAAUUAACCAUUAAGCAUCACGAGUGAUACUUACAAUUGGCUAGUUCUAUGAAUCUGCUGAGAUUUUCUGUAAGUAUUCUGCCCUUUGCAGAAAUAGAUAGGUGAAUUUGAAUCUCAAUUUGCAUAAUCUGUUUGAUUGUUCUUUCUAAUUAGUGGGAGAUGGUUUUACUUAGCAAUAUUAUGUUGGCAUGUUAAGAGUCAAGUUUAACAUAAAGGGUAUUUUCUCCUGGUGUACAUCACUAAACAGAAUACACCAGCCAUCAGCUAUACAGUUGGCAAGCUUCCACAGAAAGGGACAGGCAGAAAGAGUUUGAAACUAGCAUAGCUCCCAGAUUUCAGUCUUUUCCUUUUCUUGUUCACUUUGGGUUAAAAAAAAAUUGUCUGAUUGUUUUUUACUGAAGGAAAGAUUUUUACUGUAGCUUUUUUAUUGUAAAGAGUUGUGUUGUUCUUUCCCCCAAAGUGGUUUCAGCAAUGUUUAAGGAAAUGUAAGAUCUUUACAAAAAGACACUUGAUACUUGUUUUCAGACCAGUAUACAAGAUAAGCUUCCAGGCUGCAUAGAGGGACGGGAGGGAAAAACUUCUAUAAGAAAUAAAUCAAGAUUAAGGAAAGGGAAGUAACGCAUACCUUGUGUUUUGUUUUGAUUUAAUAACAUAACAAAUAACCAGCCCUUCCCUGAGAACCUCACUUGCAUACAUACACACAUAUAUACACACACAAAGAGAGUUAAUCAACUGAAAGUGUUUCCUUCAUUUCUGAUAUAGAAUUUCAAUUUUAACACACAUAAAAGAUAAACUUUUAGGAACUUAUCUUACAAAAUGUAUUUUAUAAAAUUAAAGAAAAUAAAAUUAAGAAUGUUAUCAAUCAAAAACUGUGUCCUUUGAUUGAAUUGUUCUGUUUGACUUCACAAUAAAAACUUAAAAAUUGUA